AUGACAAAGCUCACCAUCCUUGUGCUCACUUUCAUAGCUCUCCUCUUGCUGGUUGACGCUUCCAUCCACCGAAUCACUGUGGUCAUCAUCGAAGAUGAAGAAAAGGAAAAUCCAAGAAAGAAAAGCUGUCGCAAGCAGGUACAGCAGCAGCAGAAUCUCAGCCAUUGCCAGGAGUAUGUGAGGCAACAAAUCGAGUACGGGGAGCAACUUUUAAUCAUCAUCAUCGUCACAACGAUGGAGAUUACACUGAAGAGUGCUGCUAGCAGCUCCGGCGGGUUCAUGUCAUGUGCCUCUGUGAUGCCACCUUCCAGUCCCCCUCCACCCCCAACUCCCAACCCAUCAAAUCCUUUUACACAGCACCCAUCCAUUAACCACGCAAUGACAAAGCUCACUAUCCUUGCAGCCACCUUCAUGGCUCUCCUCCUCCUGUUUGAGGCCUCCCGAAUCACUGCGACCGUGGAAGAUGAGGAAAUGAGAAAUCCAGGAAUGAGAACUUGUCGGAAACAGGUGCAGCAGCUGAAGAAUCUCAGGAAUUGCCAGGAGUAUAUGAAGGAACAAAUCCAUGACGGAAAGCAACUUAAUCAUAAAAACGACGAAUAUUACCAUUACCCUGAAGAGUGCUGCGAUGAGCUUCGGCAGAUGGAUUCCAAAUGCCGCUGUGAGGGACUGAAGCAGGCCAUUAAUCAGCUAAUGAAGAAGGGAAAGCUUCAAGGCGAAGAUCUCUCAGAUGCUUACUGGAUUGCUAGAGACUUACCAAUGAGGUGUGGGUUAAGGCCAGGGCAUUGUCGUAUGCAGUAGAGCUAAGUCUCGAGGGAAGAUGUCUUAAAUUCCUAUCGAAUAAUGCUAGUUUAUGUAUGUUAAAGCAAUAGAAAUUGCUUUGUACCACUUGCUAGCAAUCCAAAAUAAAGAUCCCAUAAUUAAGACAAUAAA